CAAUGCAAGAGGCCCGGCAACUGGAUGAUGAAGCAACUUCCGCCAUUUUCGAGAGAAGUUGCUGUACACUCCCAUCCGUUCAAAGAUUCGCGAAGCAGGAAAGCCAUCCGUCAUGUAUAGAAAUCAUGAUAGUAACAACUACAGUCAGAGCUACAAGUUAGUUGUUGUUGGUGGAGGUGGAGUUGGAAAAAGUGCCUUAACUAUACAGUUUAUCCAGUCCUAUUUUGUAACAGAUUAUGAUCCAACAAUAGAAGAUUCUUAUACUAAACAGUGCAUGAUUGAUGAUGUGGUUGCAAGGUUGGAUAUCUUGGAUACAGCAGGCCAGGAAGAAUUCAGUGCAAUGAGGGAACAAUACAUGAGAUCUGGAGAAGGAUUUCUAUUAAUUUAUUCAGUCACAGAUAAGUCAAGUUUUGAUGAAAUUUAUAAAUUCCACAGACAGAUUCUAAGGGUGAAGGACCGGGAUGAGUUUCCAAUGAUACUGGUGGGCAACAAGGCAGAUUUGGAGCAUCAAAGAAUGGUUUCAACAGAGGAUGGCUAUGAACUUGCCAGACAGUUAAAAAUCAGUUAUAUUGAAGCAAGUGCCAAAAUCAGAAUGAAUGUUGAUGAAUCGUUUUAUGAACUAGUCCGUAUAGUAAGAAAAUUUCAAGCAGAAGAAAGACCACCAGUCAAACCACCAAGGCGAAAAAAGGGACCAAGAUGCAACUUAUUAUGAAUCUUUUUCUACUGUCUAUGCAUUUUUAAAGAACAGACAUAUCUGACAGAUAUUUUCACAACACGUGUCAAGUAGGGUUAUGUGUACUACAGCAGAGUUAGAGAGAAAAUCAGACCACGACUUUCCUUCAGUGAUUUUCAAAAUUUUUGGAAUGUAAAGCAUGUAUAUCAAAGAAACUGACACCUCUAUGUGUUAGAUUUUGUACGAAAAAUUGAACCUCACAAUGGGCUUUUGUAUUACAAUUUGUAUUGGUAUUAUUUCAUUACACAUAGUGUUAUAGGUGUUAAAAUGCAAUUGGCAUGAUACGGGAAAACUUUUGCUCCUUGAUCUUGGUCAACAAUUUUUUCCAUUUCAAAAUAUUAAAAAUUUCCUCCCUUCUUUGGCAGAGGUUACAUAGGAGAAUGACAGGAAAAUGUCACAUUAAAUGAUGAGGGUUCACAUUAUUCUGCACAGUUGAAUCUGUUGUGACUAUGUAAAUUGGGUAAUAGGGCAGAUAUGUAAGGAAUACUGUUCUACAUAUGCUGGGUAACAUCUUAAUAGUGCACUGUAGUCCCUGGCUUGUUAGUAACAGAUAAUACUAUCAGAUUUGUUCAGGAAAAUUUAUAUUGUUUAUUCACAAUGUAAGUAGGCCUUAUAUGAAUAGUUAAUUAUUUGAUAUUUUGGAGUAUCUCCAAAUUUUUUUUUUUUUUACUUUUGUUGUAUUGCAU